CCUUGACAUAAACUCUUUUUAACGGCGGGAACAUUUAUCUUGCUCCGCUCAUCCCAAAAAUUUUAAGAACGAGAAUUUUUUUCUCUCCGUAUCCAUCGAGAACAUCACCUGGAACUAAUCCUACGAACUGCCGCUUAACUAGCAGGGACGCCCUCCCCCCCACGAUGGUGGAGCGCUACCAGAAGUUGUCCCGCAUCGGGAAGGGGACGUUCGGCGAGGCUUGGCUCGUGUCCAGCACUUGCUCGGGACGCAAGUACGUGGUGAAGGAGGUGCGGGUUGAGGACAUGACCAAGGCUGAGGUGCAGAAGGCCAACACUGAGGCCCUCAUCCUGUCCCGCUGCAAACACAACAACAUCGUGCGGUACAAGGAGGUGUUCAUGGUUUCCAGCCCAUCCACUCUUUGCCUGGUCAUGGAAUACGCUGAUGGCGGCGACCUCUCGCUGAGAGUGAAGCAGGCGAGGGACGCCGGCGAGCUGCUGCCUGAGUCGACUGUGCUCAAGUGGUUCGUGCAGAUCAUCUUCGCCGUGCAGUACCUGCACUCCAACGACAUCCUGCACUUGAGGGAUCUGAAGACGCAGAACAUUUUCCUGACCAAGACGGACCUGGUGAAGGUGGGCGACUUCGGGAUCGCGCGGGUGCUGACCAGCCGAGAGGACCUCGCAACUACAGCCAUCGGCACGCCAUAUUACCUCUCCCCGGAGAUCUGCCGCCGUUUGCCGUACAACCACAAGAGCGACAUGUGGGCGAUCGGUUGCGUGCUGUACGAGCUGUGCAGCCUCAACCACCCCUUCAUCGCCGACACCUUCCCGGACCUGGUGCUGCGCAUCCUCAGGGGGGCAUACCGACAACUGCCGCAGUGA